UACGCGCUCCUCCCGCCGACCCGGGCAAAGUCCGCGGAGUCCGUCGAUCGUGGAUCGGAGGUCGAGUGGCCGGGCGCGGCGCAGAUUGGACAGUCGGCCGCCGUCUUCGCCGUGUGCUCCCCAGCGUGCGGCACUCUCCGGCGCUUCUCUGUGCUCCUCGGUGCUCGCCUGUGAUCCGCCGUCAGCGUCAUGCGGCUCCGAGCGGGAGCCGUGCUGGCUGCCUGCCUGCUGGCGCAGGUCGGCGCCCUGCCGUUCGUUUCCGACUGGCUCGGCGACCUUGAGCUGUCGAUGCCGACCGGAAACUCCGACUCGGCGUGGUCGCGGCGUGACGCCGAGCUCAAGGUGGAGGACCAUUUGCGACAGACCCUGAAGCGACUCAGCACCGACGCCAAGCAGCGGCUGACAGGUGGUGUUAUGGAGGACCCUCUUCCCAUACCGGCCUCGCUGAAGCAGGAGGCUGCAGGCGCCACGUUCAAACUGCACAACAUCGUCCUCACUGGCCUCAGAGACUACGACGUGCCGCUGGUCCAAGUUGACCUCAGUACGCAUGAGUACACGUACGAGCUGAAAUUCCCGACGCUGGCCAUGCUCGGCCAGUACGUGCUGGACUACUACUGGACGGCAUCCGAGGGCGACUUCACCAUCACCAUGUCGGACGUCAAGGCACGCGGCCGUGGCUUGCUGGACGUCUGCGGCAACGGCACUGUCAGGCUGACCGCCGGCCACAGCCACACGGAGGUGACGUUCUCCCGUAUCCACGCCGACCUCGGCAACCCCGGCCUGAUCGACGGCGUGGUGCAGGCGGCCGCCGGCGCGCUCGGGCCGUAUCUGUUCGACGUGCUCAAGCCGAGCUCGCUGCACCGCUUCAGCGACUACUUGGCCGAGCACGGCGCCGUCCAAGUCAGAGAGCUGGACGAGGAACGUAUGCUGACCGGCUCGCUGGCGAUGGUCGACUCGGCCGUGCUGGAGGCGCGCAAGAAGGUGCGCGAGGCUGGCUACGACCCGCUCGUGCUGCCUGACAUCAGUCAGGCCAGCUCCGGCGUCGAGGUGCUGCUCAGCCACGGCGUGCUGACCGGCCUGAGCAGCCUGCAGCGCUCCGGCGACGUGGCGCUGGGCGUGCUCGACCAGACGGCCAAGGCGACGCUGGCGCUCGGCACUGAGCGCGUCACCGGCAAGUACCGCUGGACCGUCCGCGGCUUCAACGUGCUCGAGCGCAGCGGCUUCGUCAAGUUCAGCGUCGACAGCCUGAAGCUGCGCGCCCGGCUGGCGCAGGCCAUCUCGCUGCAGGAGCGGCCCCGCAUCGACGACCUGGACGUGGACCUGGGCCGGCUGACCUUCCGCGCCGAGGGGCUCGGCAGCCUCGACUACGCGCUCAACGUCGGCUCGCAGAGCUUCCCCGGCAUGAUCAAGCGUAUCUUGGUGAGCGCCGUCGAGACGCCGCUCAUCUGGAUCAUCGAGAACCAGUUCAGCGAGCUGGGCCUCAGCUAGGGCCGGCACGGGUCGGGCGGGGCCGCAUGGUUGCCCCAGAGAUCGGCCAAUGUGGGCGUGAUGAGCUGAGGCAGCCCGGGAAGCAGCAAGGACGCUCGUGCUUAUUCGCGAUGGCCUGGAAGAGGACUCGCAUGCGCUUCGUCGCAUGCUCGUGGGGCCCCAGUGGCCGCCAGCGCUUCCGUAGGGCCAGGUGCCCGAGGAUGUGACAGUGUAUCGACUGGGGCGGUGAUGUGACAUCGAGGCUGGCCGUCUUUGCGCCUGUGAUCAAACUUGCGGAAUCUGACUUCAGCCUGCGAGGAAGCUCAGCGCGGUGUGAUCGCCGUUCGGGUUGAAGGCAUUGCACGGGUUCCUGUGCUCACAUGUGAUUUCAAACGUACUCACAUCCAGUUUUGGAUUAAUUAUCAGGGUAUGUUAAGUUGCUUGACAAAUGCGCCCCGUGUAUCAUUUAAAACCCAUGUGAUCACCGAAUCUUCAGAGGAGCUCGUGGCCUCCAGCCAGCAAUCCUGUUGAGGCCCGUACUCAGUGUCAACGCCCACCAGGGGCGUAGUGUGAAGCAGCCUAUCCACAAAAUGUACGAAGGGCUUCUUCACUUCUCAAGUUGGGGUCCAGACUCGAGAGCUAGACCCCCCCCCCCCCCCCCCCACACACACUGCGAUGGGGACAACCCCCAAUGCCCAAGACGUUUCCUUGUGAUUCAUGUAACACUCAGCUCGAAUGACGUAUGACUUCAAAGACAUUCCGUAUAUGUGGUCGUUUCCAAUCACCAUGCCUCUAUCUGCUACACGGGGGUUUACAAUUCGUGCCGGUUCUGGCAGAAUGUAAGGCAAUAAUGUGCACACCAUCUCGACAAAAAGCGGACGAGGCGGUAGCUACCUGUCGCAGUGGGCGAAACACUGGUCAUAUUGCUCAGUGCGCCGCUGGGCAACAAACGGCGUGUGCUGCCCAAUACGCGUGAUUCGAAUCGGAAAUACAUGGUCUCAAAUC